AGAAAGAUCACACCUAAACGAAUUCGGACAUUUAGGAGGAAAUGUUAAGUUUCUUGACUUAGAAAACAAUAUUUGAUCUCCUUAUUUGUGACAAGUGAUGUUUAUUUUUUGCAGCUGUAAAAACUUAAUGCUUUGCGGUAAUUAGAUUAAUUUAAUUAAAUAAAUGUUUCAUUUGAUGACAUCCGCCGAGUUCGAAAUAUAUUUUGUGCAUCGACUGAAGGCGCCUGAAAUAGAUCUGGUCACGAUUUAGUACGAAUGAUAUGUACAUGUGUUAUAGUCCGAAUUUUUGAGGCAACUGAUGAAAUACGAAUUAAAUAUUGGGAUUUAUACAAACAAAUGUUCAUUGAAUCAAUCAGAUAAAUCGGUUAUAUUCAAAAAUCCAAAUGUGCCUUGUCAUUUACAACUAAUUUGAAUAUUGAUAAAGAGAUGAUCUUAUAAUUCGUUACGCUUCAGUGAUUUUAGGCGGAUCAGAUAUGGUUUGACUUGACCAUCCCAGGUCACAACUUUGCCUUGUGAAAUUUAGAUUAAAUCUACGGACAGAUAACAGACAAAGACUGAUAUUUAGUAGUUAUUUGUUCAAUUGUCACCCUAGGAGGACACGAACGAAAUAAAACGUUACAGAAAUAGACAAUACCAUGGUUGUUCAAGUAUUAGUCGUGGCUUUUCUUCUUUCCUUUGCUUCUACAGCACCUAUCGAUUUAAGUUGCAAUGUUCCUGUUGACCUGGUUUUUGUUCUGGAUGGAUCGGACAGUCUAAAAGAAUCAGAAUUUAGCGCCUCGAAACAGUUCGUACUUGAUGUCAUACAAAGUCUCACUCUGGGAAAACAGAACGUGCAGCUAUUCAUCGAGCUCAAUUUAACAAAAUGCAACCAUCGAUGGUGUUCUUUACCUGCAGACCUGUUUUGCAGAUAUGAACUUGAACAAAUUGCGUCAGAUUCGCAGAAGACUCUGAUUCUAACUAACAGUAUGACAGACCCAGCCUUCUUACAGGAGUUUGAAGAUAAACUCAGACCACGUGUUUGUGAAGUUUCAAUAACAACAGAAAAAGCGACCACAACAGUCAUUCCGAUGUUACCAUCAACAGAAAAACUAGUGCCUGACAAGUACUGUCCUAAUUGUAUGAAAGAUGUUAAUUAUGGUUAUAAACCCUACCCGGGUGAUUGCACCAAAUAUUAUGAUGUUAGACCUGAUGAAAACGGUGGAGCAAUACAGGAUGUGAAGAAAUGUCCUUUCGGAACUUUUUGGGACUCUACGUACUUAACAUGUCAAUAUACAUGGAUGGUGAACUGUGUAUACGAUCCAUGUAGAAGCUAUUCAUCCGGGACAUUAGCCAUGCCUGGUGUAUGCAGUGGUUAUUGGACAUGCUCUAACUUCCGAGGGAACGCCACCUGUUGUUCGAGACCAAACCAAAGAUACGUACAGGGUGUUGGAUGUUUAGAGGAUUUCUCUUGUACAACACCUUGUCCAGACGAUGACUCAAAUAGAAUCCAAGUGCCACAACAGUGCUACAGAUAUCCAUAUCAACCAGACCAGUCCAAAUAUUAUGAAGAAAAUCAUGGUUUCAACAUCACACGAAGUUGUGCACCAGGCACAUGGUUUGAUCAGAACACGUGUUCUUGUUCUAUAACUUCCGGUUUGAAUUCUGGAAAUAUACAGGCACCUAUACACUUCCCUGAUGAACUAACAAGGAAGACAACUAAAGGUGAAGGGGAAUAUAUGAAACAAGAAGAGACAUAUGAUAUGUUCCUAACUUUUGGAAACCAGCGAGACAAGUCGAUAGAGAUAUGGAAUUCAUUGAAUAACGAAUUAAUUGAACAAAGAGCAGUCUUGCUGAACGGAAAAGAAUUUUUCAAUGUAUGGCAGGCAAACCGACGACCGUUAUUGAAAAGUGCUUUCGUAGAUGAAUUAAAUGGCGAUUCUUUCAAUUUAUGGUCGCCAAAAAUGUUGUCCCGGAAUAGAAAUGGUCGACGGCUACGAAUAAUGCCGAGAAACCCUAAUAAAGAAAGGAUGUGGCAGAGAUCACUUGUAGGUUGUGGCCCGGAUGUUUCUUAUGAGUUCAAUAGCAGUAGUGGUAUAACAGACAGUUCUAGCAAUGGCGUUCUGGCAGGAUUCCUCAACAUCGUUCUUAACGGACAUACAGCGGCCUUCAAUGGACAGAGUAUGUUAAACAUUUGGCGAUUCUCUAAUGUUGAACUAAAAAAUCGCUUGGUCAUUGAAUUCCAGUUUAAAACUUCUGGUUCCGGUAUUCAAAGUGAGGCACUGGUUUCUAACUGUAUCGGAAGCGACCUUGAGGAAGCAUCAUUACUGAUCGUAGCCAACCGUGGGAGUAACACCGUUCUUUUUCGUACCGUAACAGACAAAGGAACAUCAGAAAUAUCAGCCCCGUACAUACCUGGAGCAAUGAAUUCUGUGACGUAUAUUUACGAUGGCCAAAGGAUGAUCUGUGCUGUAAAUUCAAUGGUCGUUCAGUCCUUUCUGACUGGUGAUAUUCAGACAAGACAAACCGGCAUUAUCAUCGGCGCUGCCAGUAAAUGGGCGUCAUUCCAAGGAGACAUGGACAAUUUUCAUCUGUACCGUUGUAUACCUGCCAGUGUUGUACCAUUGCUUAGCAAGUAGCUUCUAUUCUAGGACACAUGCAAUCGUUCGGCUUCAUCUUAAACGAUAAUAAACCGUUAAUUUAGUUAUUUGCGUACACUGUAGUAGUUUAAAUGUUAACAUAUUCAUGAUUAUUUAAUUUAAAUGUUGCAUUAGAUUUAUGAUGUAUGUUAAUUUGAAU